AUGGAGGAGUUUUCCCCAACGGUAUCGUGCAGCCCAAGCUUCAGCUUCUACGCUUCCAGCGAAUGCGCCGAUGCCGCCGCUAAAGUUUCCCGCGAAAACCAGAGUUACAAUAUAACAGAUCAAUAUUCGGUUAAAGUUAACUCCGUCGAUGACUUCCAGUUGGAAACAUCAUCACCCUUACAUGAAGAGACCUUCGUCCACUUCCCGACGUUCAAACCAGUGUCCAGCGACACCGUUUCAAUGAUUAGAAAGAAAGACGUUGAUGCUGGAAUUGUCCCGGAGGAAGUUAGUAAACGGUGCCGUUUAACGAAGUUCCUAACGAGAAGCCACAGCGACGCAACCAAGACUUGCUUGCCGGACAUGAAACGGAAGGACAAAUCGGCGUCGAAAGGAGAUAAGAGAAGAAAGUCUUAUUUGCCUUACAGGCAAGAUUUGAUCGGAGUUUUUGCCGGGAUGCCAAGAUUACGUCAUUAA